CGUCCGAGGUCGCGCAAGGAUGCAUGUUUCACCGCAGCCCGUCAGUGUGCCUGGCUUGGAGAGCCACGUGGUUCUGUCGCUGCUGUUUGGAAGCGAUCAUCGGCUCUAGUUGAAGAUGGCUCUUGCUCCGUCUUAAAUGUGUUUUAAACCCCCGGUGUAAAUUAUAUCAUCAAGUAAGCAAUCAUGGUUUUGUACGUGAAAGCAGCGGAGAUCCUCGAUAAGAUCGAGAACAAGGAGGGCGCUGUUAAGACUCUCGUGUAUAACAGUAAAUUUCAGAAUAUCAAGCAGCUGUACGCCUUGGUGUGCGAGACGCUGAAAUACUCCAAGAUCCUGGAGGAGAUCAUCACCAGCACAGGCCUGCUGAAGCAGAAGAAACUCAAGAUGAAUGUGGCCAAGGUGCUGGUGUACGACCUCCUGAUUGGCAGAGGGGUGAAGUGUGGGGGGAGCUGGAAGGCUCUGAUCAUGAAGCACCGCGCGAGGUUGCAGGCAGCCCUGGCCAGGCUCAAGAUCAAGAGGAAGGUCAGCCGCAAUGAGGACCUGCUGCCCAAAGCCAGCCAGGCUCAAGGGAAGCAGCUGCCCCGCUAUGCUCGGAUCAACACUCUCAAGACCAGCCAGGAGGACGUGAUCGACUACCUGAAGAGAGAGGGCUACACCUACCUGGGGCGAGCGAGCAGUCUGGAGGAGUUGCAGAGGCUGUCGGGAAAGAGAUUUUAUUGUGACCUGCAUCUCCCUGGACUCCUGGUCUUCCCAGCCAAGACUGACCUCCACGCGCACUUCCUGUACCAGACGGGACACGUCAUCCUGCAGGACAAGGCCAGCUGCCUCCCAGCAUUCCUCCUGAACCCCCCUGCUGGGGCCCAUGUGAUCGAUGCCUGCGCCGCCCCGGGGAACAAGACCAGCCACCUGGCCGCUCUGCUGGGGAACCGGGGGAAGCUGUUUGCCUUUGACCUCGACCCCAAGCGCCUGUCCACCAUGAGCACGCUGCUCCUCAGAGCUGGGGUUACCUGUCACGAGCUGGCCAAUCAGGACUUCCUGACGCUGGACCCAGAGGACCCCAGAUACAGCCAGGUGGAGUAUAUCCUGCUGGACCCCUCGUGCAGCGGCUCAGGCAUCGUGGGCCGAAUGAACGAGGUCACAGACUCCCCUGGCUCCGUGUCUACGCAGCGGCUGCAGUCUCUGGCUGCGUUCCAGCUGCGCUGCCUGAACCAUGCCCUGCGCUUCCCGCGGCUGCAGCGUCUCGUCUACUCCACCUGCUCGGUGCACGAGGAGGAGAACGAGAGCGUGGUGCAGGCCUGCCUACGGGAGCACCGCCGCAGCUUCAGGCUGGUCCCUGUUCUGCCGAGCUGGCCGGAGCGAGGUCAGGCCCCCCUGACUCAGUGUCUGCGCGCGAGCCCUGGGGAGACCCUCACCAACGGCUUCUUCGUGGCCAUGCUGGAGAGGAGGAGCCCUGGGGAGCAGGAGGAGGAGGAGGAGCUAACUUCCUGCGAAGCUGUGACAUCACUUCCUGCUGACAGCGAUGUAGAAGCAGAGUCACAUGACCCCAGCCCCUUGGAGGCGGGGCCUGCCCCCACAGCCUCCAAGAAGACGAGAAAAAAGAGGAAGAAGAAACCCAAGCUGCAUCAGGAGAAUUGAGAGAAAGAGAGACAGUCCCUCAGUAUCCCUGGAACAUGUACAGCAGAGACCCGUACACGCGGGCGAUUUACCUACCCUUUAAAGCAGUACAGUGUUUUAGAUGCGCACUUCCUACAGUGUGUGGAAUGCUGCAGCAUCACACAAAUCAAGAGGGCAGAGAGAGAGAGAGUAUUGACUUUCUAAGCUACGUGGAAACCCGGCCACAGUUUGUCAUUUUCUCUUGUCAGAUGGGAAUAUUGUAUACAAAAAAUAAAUAAGUAAAGCAAACUA